AGGCUCCUGAUUUCAAUAGUUUUGAUAGUUUCCACUCACUGGAGCUAAAGCCCAUACUCUCAAUUUAAAUAAUCAAUUCGCCAAUUCGCCAAGUACAGAAAAUACUUCAAUUCUUCUUGAUUCUUCUCUUCUUCCACCCAGAAUCUGAUCGUAUAUUCACUCCAUCUCUCUCAUCCAGAUUGCCAACUCUUUCAAGUUUUUACAUAAGUGCCGAAUUCUGAUUGAAGAAAUUCUUCAGAGAUACGAAGUCUUAUCAAGGAAGAUGAGUAAUACCUUAGGCCAUAACUUGAUACAGCCGCAUUUCCUCCGUCCCACGGUAUUAGAGCAUCCAAGCAAACUCAAAAAUUCUUCUGGCGUCCCUACAAGUACCUUCUGUGCCACUGCUUCCCUGAAUCAAUCUCCAGCUCAAAGACGCAAGUAUCAGAUAUCUACGAAAUUUUAUGGUAACAGUUUGAGUAGGAGGAAACAGAAAGUCGCCAUGGGAAGCCAACGGCCUGUUACGUUUGUCCCUCGAGCCGUGUUAGCCGCUGAUCCAGCUUCUGAGCAUCUCGGAAAAUUCAAAGUUGAUGGGAAUAUUGAAUUGCAGGUCGAUGCUAGUGCUCCCAUGUCAGGGUCUAUUACACAAGUAAAUUUUAGAAUCAUGUAUAACAGUGACUCUUUGCUGUUACACUGGGGUGGGAUACGCGGUAGAAAUGAAAAGUGGGUACUUCCUUCACAUCAACCAGAAGGGACCAAAAACUACAAGAACAGAGCCCUAAGAACUCCAUUCGUGAAGUCUGGCUCCAGUUCAUAUUUAAAAUUAGAAAUUGAUGAUCCCCGGAUACAAGCUAUAGAGUUUCUCAUAUUUGAUGAAGCCCGAAAUAAAUGGAUAAAAAAUAAUGGUCAGAACUUUCACGUAAGCUUACCCCGGAGGGAGACAUUGGUUUCAAACAUCUCACUUCCUGAAGAUCUUGUUCAAAUUCAAGCAUAUUUGAGGUGGGAGCGAAAGGGUAAACAGAGGUACACCCCGGAGCAAGAGAAGGAGGAAUAUGAAGCAGCUCGUGCGGAGCUAUUGAAGGAAAUAGCCAGGGGUGCUUCUGUGGACGACAUCCGAGCAAAACUAACAAAAAGAAAUGGCCAAGAAUAUAAGGAGACUUCUAUUCAUGAAACAAAGAACAAAAUACCUGAUGAUCUUGUCCAAAUACAAUCCUAUAUACGGUGGGAGAAAGCAGGGAAGCCGAAUUAUUCCCCAGAGCAACAACUUAGGGAAUUUGAGGAAGCAAGGAAAGAGUUGCAAUCUGAACUAGAGAAAGGUAUAACUCUUGAUGAAAUUCGAAUGAAGAUUACUGAAGGAGAGAUAAAGACUAAGGUCUCAAAGCAACUGCAGACCAAAAGAUAUUUUAGUGUUGAACGAAUUCAGUGCAAGAAGAGGGACUUGAUGCAGCUUCUUGAUAAGCAUGCAGUAAAAUCUGUAGAGGAAAGUAUAUUUGUUGAACCAAAACCAUUGACAGCAGUUGAACUCUUUGCUAAGAAAAAGGAACAGGGUGGCAGCUCUGUUCGUAACAAGAAAAUUUACAAACUCGGUGGGAAGGAGCUUUUGGUACUUGUAACCAAAUCUGCUGGUAGCACAAAGAUUCACCUAGCUGCAGAUUUUGAAGAACCACUUACCCUUCACUGGGCUCUAUCCAAGAAGGCUGGCGAGUGGCUGCUACCACCUCCUGGUGUUCUCCCUCCUGGUUCAGUUUCUUUAGAUGGAGCUGCUGCAUCACAAUUUUCAACAAGCUCUUUUGCGGAUCUUCCUAAACAGGUGCAAUGCUUGGAGAUACAGAUUGAGGAUGAUACUUUUAAAGGGAUGCCUUUUGUUCUUCUGUCUGGUGGGAAGUGGAUAAAAAAUCAAGGCUCCGACUUCUUUGUGGAAUUCAGCCAGAGAAUUAAGCAAGCUCAAAAGGAUGCUGGUGAUGGCAAAGGUACUUCAAAGGUUUUGUUGGAUAGAAUAGCAGAGAAGGAGAGUGAGGCGCAAAAGUCUUUUAUGCACCGGUUUAAUAUUGCAUCAGACUUAAUGGAUCAAGCCAAAAAUACUGGUGAAUUGGGCUUUGCCGGGAUCUUAGUGUGGAUGAGGUUUAUGGCUACAAGACAGCUCAUAUGGAACAAAAACUACAAUGUGAAACCACGCGAGAUAAGUAAAGCACAGGACAGGCUCACUGACCUGCUCCAGAGUAUCUAUGCUACUCAUCCACAGCAUCGGGAGCUUUUGCGUAUGAUUAUGUCUACUGUUGGUCGUGGAGGUGAAGGGGAUGUGGGACAGAGAAUUAGAGAUGAAAUACUGGUUAUCCAGAGGAACAAUGAUUGCAAGGGAGGAAUGAUGGAGGAAUGGCACCAGAAGUUACAUAACAAUACCAGUCCAGAUGAUGUUGUAAUCUGUCAGGCAUUGAUUGAUUACAUUAAAAGUGACUUUGACAUCAGCAUCUACUGGAAGACUCUAAAUGAGAAUGGAAUAACAAAGGAACGCCUCUUAAGUUAUGACCGUGCUAUUCAUUCUGAACCAAAUUUUGGAAGAGAUAAGAAGGAUGGUCUUUUGCGCGAUCUUGGGCAUUAUAUGAGAACCUUGAAGGCUGUUCAUUCAGGUGCAGAUCUUGAGUCUGCCAUUUCGAAUUGCAUGGGCUACAGAGCCAAGGGUGAAGGUUUCAUGGUUGGGGUGCAAAUAAAUCCUGUAGCUGGCUUGCCAUCAGGAUUUCCAGAAUUGCUACGGUUUGUCCUUGAACACAUUGAAGAUAGAAAUGUAGAAGCCUUGCUUGAGGGUUUACUUGAGGCUCGUCAAGAGCUUCGACCAAUGUUGUUGAAGUCUAGUGAUCGUCUGAAGGAUCUUUUGUUUUUAGACAUUGCCCUUGACUCUACUGUUAGGACGGCUAUUGAAAGAGGUUAUGAGGAGCUGAAUGAUGCUGGACCAGAGAAAAUUAUGUAUUUCAUCACUCUGGUUCUUGAAAACCUUGCCCUUUCAUUCAAUAAUAAUGAGGAUCUGAUCUAUUGCUUGAAGGGAUGGGAUCAUGCCAUAAGCAUGUCCAAGAGUAAAAGUGCUCACUGGGCACUUUAUGCAAAAUCAGUACUAGACAGAACUCGCCUUGCACUGGCUAGCAAGGCUGCGUGGUACCAGCAUAUUUUGCAACCAUCAGCAGCAUAUCUUGGAUCAUUGCUUGGAGUGGACGAGCGGGCUAUCAACAUAUUUACUGAAGAAAUUGUCCGUGCUGGAUCAGCUGCAACUUUAUCUUUACUUGUUAACCGACUUGAUCCUGUUCUUCGGGAGACUGCUCAUCUUGGCAGUUGGCAGAUUAUCAGUCCAGUUGAAGUUGUUGGAUAUGUUGAUGUUGUAGAUGAGCUGCUUGCUGUACAGAAUAAGUCUUAUGACCGGCCCACUAUUUUAGUGGCAAAAAGUGUUAAAGGAGAGGAAGAAAUUCCAGAUGGUACAGUUGCUGUGUUGACACCUGACAUGCCAGAUGUUCUAUCACAUGUUUCUGUCCGAGCAAGAAACUGCAAGGUUUGCUUUGCUACAUGCUUUGACCCUGAUAUUCUGGCUGACGUACAAGCAAACAAAGGGAAAUUGUUGCGCCUAAAACCUACAUCUGCAGAUGUAGUUUAUAGUGAGGUGAAGGAGGGCGAGCUAGCUGAUUGGAGUUCAACUAACUUGAAGGGAGAUAGUCCAUCAUCUAUUGCUUUGGUCAGAAAACGGUUUGGUGGUAAAUAUGCCAUAUCUGCCGAGGAGUUUACACCUGAAAUGGUUGGUGCUAAAUCACGCAAUAUCUCAUAUCUAAAAGGAAAAGUACCAUCUUGGGUUGGGAUUCCUACAUCAGUUGCCCUACCAUUUGGAGUAUUUGAGACGGUUCUUGCAGAUAAAAUAAACAAGGAAGUGAAUGAGAAGUUGCAAAUAUUGAAGAAAAAGUUAAGAGGAGGAGACUCUGUUGCACUUGGGGAGAUUCGUCAGACAGUUCUACAGCUGGCAGCACCACCCCAAUUGGUGCAAGAGCUGAAGACCAAGAUGAAGAGUUCUGGAAUGCCUUGGCCUGGAGAUGAAGGUGACAUUAGGUGGGAGCAAGCAUGGACUGCUAUAAAGAGGGUCUGGGCUUCAAAAUGGAAUGAGAGAGCAUAUUCCAGCACCAGGAAAGUCAAACUAGACCAUGACUAUCUCUGUAUGGCUGUACUGGUUCAGGAAGUAAUCAAUGCUGAUUAUGCAUUUGUUAUACAUACUACUAAUCCAUCUUCAGGGGACUCAUCAGAGAUCUAUGCUGAGGUCGUGAAGGGACUUGGAGAAACUCUCGUUGGAGCUUAUCCAGGUCGAGCUUUGAGUUUUGUUUGCAAGAAAAACGAUCUCAACUCUCCUCAGGUAUUGGGAUAUCCUAGCAAACCGAUUGGUCUCUUCAUAAGGCAUUCCAUUAUCUUCCGAUCUGAUUCAAAUGGUGAAGAUCUAGAAGGUUAUGCAGGUGCUGGCCUUUAUGAUAGCGUGCCCAUGGAUGAAGAAGAGAAAGUUGUGCUUGAUUAUUCAUCUGACCCAUUGAUAAAUGAUGGCAACUUUCAACAAUCAAUCCUUUCUAGCAUUGCUCGUGCAGGAAAUGCCAUCGAGGAACUGUAUGGUUCUCCACAAGACAUUGAAGGUGUCAUCAGGGAUGGGAAAGUCUAUGUUGUCCAGACAAGACCCCAGAUGUGAUCCCUCUUGUUUCUUUACAAUAUUUCUUCUUUUGGCAGUGUUUUUGCCCAUGCCAAGGUUGUAAAAAUGAGAAAAAAAAUAACAGACAGCAGCUGAAAGAAAAGGAGAGCCGAUGAAAAUAAAAAGGAAAAUAGUUGAAAAUAAGAGUAAAAGAAAAUGGGAGGAAAAGAAUAAAGACUAUUAAACCAGAGAACUAGAAGAUCGUACGUAAUAUUUACCCAGGGUGUGGCCUGCUAGGUGCUUGCUGGCACCCUGCUUCAACGCUUGUAGCAGUAACCUUAUAGUGGUAGGGGAUGGGAAUUGCCUAUUUGUUUGGUACCUUCUUCGCCAGGACGUUGUAAUAUGAAGAUACCCUCUUAUAUACGUACCGCAACUGUUUUCAAUUGCAUG